AUGCGUUUCUUCGUCGAUACCGGUGCCGAGGUCAGUGUGCUGCCUGCUUCCCCAUCUGAUAGGCGCCGCCCGGUCCUGUUUCAUCUCACCGCAGUCAACAGCACCACCAUUCCAGUCUUCCGACAGCAGAUCCUCCGCCUCAAUCUAGGACUGCGCCGAAGCUUCUCUUGGCUGUUCUUAGUUGCCGGCGUCGGUCAAGCGAUUCUGGGUGCAGAUUUCUUGCAACACUUCGAUCUCACGGUCAACGUUCUACACAAGAGACUUCUCGACUUGACAACAAACCUUUCCGUCUUUGUCAAGAGCGCCCCGUCGUCUUCCGUCGUGGCCUCCACUUCUACCCUUCCUGCCAUGACGUCGCCUUAUGCCUCCAUCCUGAGGGAGUUCCCUUCCCUCACUCAGCCGCCGAAUUGGUCAAGGCCUGUAGCUCAUGAUGUGGUCCAUCAUAUCUGCACCACUGGACCACCCGUAUUCGCACGACCACGACGGCUAGCGCCCGAAAAACUCAAAAUCGCACGCAUCGAGUUUGAGCACAUGCUCGUCAUCGGUGUCGCACGGCCCUCUUCGAGUGAUUGGUCAUCUCCAUUGCACAUGGUGCCAAAGAAAACCGGAUAUUGGCGCCCAUGUGGCGAUUAUCGGGCACUUAACAUCGCCACAGUUCCCGACCGCUACCCUCUACCACGCUUGCAGGAUUUUACGGUCAACCUGCACGGCGCCACACUGUUCAGCAAAAUCAACUUAAUGAAGGCCUAUCAUCAAAUUCCCGUCGCACCCGAAGACGUCAAAAAGACAGCGAUUACCACCCCAUUCGGCCUUUUUGAAUUCCAAAGGAUGCCUUUCGUAGUGACGCCACACUGGCUCACCAUUUUGAAUUCCAAAGGAUGCCUUUCGGAUUACGCAACGCGGCGCAGACGUUUCAGCGAUUUAUCCAUUCAGUCACAAGAGGCCUUCCUUUCGUCUUUGCUUACAUUGACGACAUUCUUGUCGCAAGCUCGACCCCCGAGGAGCACGCAGACCAUCUCCGUCAACUCUUCACUCGCCUGGACGCCCAUGGCAUUGUCAUAA